AUGAAAACAUAUUGGGCACGUGGAUUGUCAAAUGAUAAGACUUGGAAACUUAGUGGUUCUUCUGGGCAAAUCCAUUCAUUCAACAUUAAAUUCGAACACUGA